GAAAAAGCUCCCCACAACGUAAGCAUGGCCGAUGUAGCGAAAAUUCUGCUUCUUUCUGCGGCGAUUUUUCUCGUACAAAGUGUUCUAGGUGCAAAUGAUAUUAAAUUCGUCAAGCCUCUUCCAAAAGGCGUCUAUGCUUUUGAGUUUGACUCAGCCAGCGUUACAUGUAUCGCUUUGGAUUCUUCCGGCAGUACUGAGCCUCUGAUCAUCAGCUUUAAGAGGAAAGACUACGUGGGUGAACUUCGUGAACUAGUGGAAGAUGACAACGUCUUCUUCAGGAACCAAACUCAGUCAGUCGGUAAAGACACAAAGCUUUUUCGCACAAUGGUGAUCAGAAAUGUGACGCUAGAAUAUGACAGUUUGUCGGGAGGUUAUGAGUGCCAUGCGUUUGCAGGAAAUAUGAGCAAGAAUCCAGAGGACAGAUUUGCCUUCAAUGUCAACGUAAUCAAAAAGAACGAAAUUCCUAAAGUCACAGUCACACCUGACACUCAAGUCCUGAAACACGAUGAAGACCUCACCCUCUUUUGCAACUUAACCAAUAAAGGAAGCGAUGGAAAUAAACUAGAAAAAAUGUAUUGGUUUAAAGAUGAUGUGUUGUUAGAUAGUCUGAAAAUCGAAGAAUCGGAAAAAGACUCUCUUGAGUUUCCACGGGAAAUUAAACGCGUGGGAGUCAGAAAUGGAGGAAUAUACUCGUGCGUUCUGGAGGCCAAAUUGAGAGGUGUUCUGGGACACAACGUGUCGGAUGACGCUAUGAUUCGCAUUGCGACCUGGCUUCCAAAACCUGGAAAGAAUGCUAAGCAAAAUUUGCACAAUGUUGAGCAGAAGUCAUUCAAAGGAGAUAAUGUGAGUUUUGAAUGUGCAGCCAAAGGAUUUCCUCUAGAGAUUGAAUGGAAGAUAAAGAAGAAAAAUGAGGACACCGUGCAAGCUUGUAUAAACGGAACGGCGAAUGUACGCUACAAAAUUCAACGUCGCAGCGCUUACGACCCGUAUGUUCUCACCAUAUCUGACGUGCAGUACUCGGAUCGCGGCUUUUACUACUGCUGUCUUCCCUCAAACUGCUCUGAUAACGUCAAAGAUAACUGUCAACGAUUCGUUCUCCGCGUCAAAGAUCCACUGGGUGCGUUGUGGCCAGCUGUUGGUAUCCUGGUUGAGGCCGUUCUUCUCUUUGUGAUCAUUUUCUUUGCUGGAAGAAAGGAGAAGAACAAAGAGAAACGGUGGGAACCACCAUUUGGAAUUGUACAACCUUUUCCAGAGAACAUCUACUCCAUUGAGUACGAACCUGCCAAUGUUACUUGUAUUGCAUUUGAUGCAACUGGUAAACAAGUACCAAAAAAUAUAACAUUUUUUCGAAGAGAUGACCUUAAUCAAUAUAGGGAAGUCACAGGUGAUAGGUACUUGUUCUCAAGCAGAACAGAAUUUGUAGGUAACUUAAAAAAAUUACAUACUACCAUAACUUGGAAGAAUAUAACAAGGGAACUAGACGACAGUCAGUACAGUCUGCUUGGAAGCUAUGAGUGCCACGCUUUUGCAGUAGAUGAAAAGGUAGCAGCAAAGAGGCAUGGCUUUAGUGUCAGUGUUAUUAAAAGAAAUGAAAUCCCAAAAGUGAAUGUCCCAGACUCCAAUCUACUUAAUCCAGGUGAUAACAUCGAAAUCUUUUGCAACCUUACUGAAAGAGGAAACGAAAACAACACCCCACUGAAGAGGAUUUCCUGGUAUAAGGAUGGGAGGUUGUUGGAGAGUGUGCGGAAUCCAGAUCCAGAUGCAGAGCAGCAAAAUGAUUUUUUACCCCCACUGAAGCUUGAAAAUGUUGGUGUCCAAGAUGGGGGAACAUACAAAUGUCGUUUGGAAGUAAAGUUGAGGAACGUCAGGGAGUACACUGUUGAAGAUACCACAGUAUUAAAGAUUGCUCCCAGGCUUGCAAAGCCAAAGGAAGACAUUGAAAAGGUGGCAUUUAAAGGAGACGAUGUAUCAUUUGAGUGUGCUGCAAAAGGAUAUCCUUUAGAGGUGGAAUGGAAAGUGAAGAAGAAGAAUGAAGAAACUGUUGAGGCUUGUAUAAAUGAAUCAGACGGACACUACAAGAUCGAGCAAGCUAGCAUGUAUGACCCUUAUAUUCUGACCAUAUCUAAACUGGAGUAUAGCGACCGUGGAUUUUACUACUGUUGUCUUCCUACAAACUGCUCCAAAAAUGUAGAAUAUAAGUGCCAGCGAUUCAUUCUUCGUGUCAGAGAUCGAUUGGGCCCUCUGUGGCCUGUUAUUGGUAUUAUUGUUGAGGCCCUUGUUCUCUUCUUAAUCAUCUUCAUUGCUGAAAAGAGAAAGAAGGACAAAGAGAAAGGUUUGUGAAACAGUAUCUAUUAU